UUGAACAGCAGUUAAGGCUUAAAAUGAGAAUUCUCGCUUUGGGAUUAAUAUUUUAUUUUAUUAACUUUUCAUACAGUUGUGACCCAACUGUUACAACUGCUUCUGGAAGUUUAGCACCAUCAACAAUUUGUUCUCGUGAUUUAAUCUUUGAGGAUAAUUUUGAUGAUAAAACUAUAAACCAAAAUAAGUGGCUGUUUGAUAAUACAUUAUGGGGUGGUGGAAAUAAGGAAUUUCAAUGGUAUCCUGGUUAUGACAAGGAUAAUGCUUUUGUUGAAGAUGGAAUAUUGAGAUUUGUUCCAACGACUACAGCUGAAAAGUUUGGCGAAGAAUUUCUUUACACAGCACAUGUUGUUAUCCCAGAAGAUGAAUGUACAAUUGGUUAUGACAAUGGUUGUGAGAAACAAGGAACUGAGGACAACAUUAUCAAUCCUAUAAGAAGUACACGAAUGGAUUCGAGAUAUGCCUUUAGAUUUAAAUAUGGUGAAUUAGAAAUUCGUGCAAAAUUACCAACUGGAGACUGGUUAUGGCCUGCAUUAUGGGGUAUGCCAUUUUAUGAUACCUAUAAAGGUUGGCCAAGCUGUGGCGAAAUUGAUUUAAUGGAAGGUCGAGGCAAUCGUGAACUAUACGAUGGUGACGUAAAUACAGGAAUUUAUCAAAUAGGCAGCACAAUGCAUUUUGGACCAGAUGCGGGGCACAACGGUUGGCCUACAGCUCAUGCUACUAUUAGUCAAGUUCCAGCAUUCAGUGAUGGAUUUCAUAGAUACAGAUUUAGAUGGACACCAACAGAUAUAACAUAUUUUGUUGAUAACAAGCAUAUCAAUACAGUCAAAGCUGGAGAAGGAUUUUGGAAACGUGGUGGAUGGGAAGACUCUGGUCUUGAAAAUCCUUACAUCAAUGGAACUGUGAUGGCACCGUUUGAUCAUGAAUUUUACAUCAUCAUGAACCUUGCUGUUGGUGGAACUGCUUUCUUUCCUGAUCAUUGGGUUAAUAAGCCUUAUCCGAAACCAUGGGAAAAUAGCAGCGGUACAGCACCAAAAGAUUUUUGGCAAGCACGACAUUUAUGGGAACCAACAUGGAAUCGUAAUACAAAUUCUUCACAUAUGAUGAUUGAUUACGUUAGAGUUUGGGCAUUAUAAUCACUUUAUUUCAUGUCAUAAAGCCAAAAAAAAAUUUAAAAU